CACAAGUCUAGUCUUAGACAUUCAGUAUUCAGCUUCAUCAUGGCUGGUCACCUGCUGUUAGUCGUCCUCUUGUGUUUCUUUUCUGAGAUGAGAGCACAAGAUCUUCUUCCACCUGAACUGACAGUGAAUCCACCGAUGAUCACAGAGACAGACUCAGUCACACUGAACUGUCAGACUCCAUCAUCUGUUUCUGUGCCUCAGUGUUAUUUUCACUUUGUUAGAGGAGGACGUGGUAAAAGCUUCCCUUGUCUGCAGACACUGACAGGAACUGAGCUGUUGAAGAUGUCACAUCAGAGUUCACCUGCUGAGGUUAAAGUGACAUGUUUUUACCUUAAAGUGCAUCAGUCUCCUGACAGUGAUGUGUCCUCCAUCAUCAUUGGAGAUAUUUUGGAUAGAGAAUCAAGCGUGACCCAGACAAUGUCAACACUUAGUAUGACCACAGGUGUGACCGUUUACAGGUCUGGUGCUUCUACUCCUAUAAAACUAACAUCAGGUUGGCCUGUUGGUACGCACAGUAGUACUGUUGUUUCUACAUCUACAACACCAGUGAAACCAGCAUCAGGUUCAACUGUUAGUACGCCGAGUACUAAAGACAGAGAAACCCCUCUGAAAACAGAUUCAGAGAAGAUGAUAUUGAUCGGAGCAAUUGUGGCUGUGGGUGUCGUCUUGCUUGGAUUAGCUCUUCUCUUCAGUCAAGUCAGGAUUGAUCUCAAGGAAUAUUUGGUGAGUGUCAACAGAAAGAAAAGAGUGGUGAUGGUCGUUAGGGACGUUAUUCAGAAAUUUCCUCUCACAUGUCAUGUGUCUACAUGA